CGAGCAGUCGAGUUGCAGCGGCGGCAUGAACAGCUCGUGCGACUCAACUCAAAGGUAUUCCGUGCCCGAGUAGAAGCGGCGCGGAAGUUCGAGUGUGACCAUCAGCACACAAUCCGCGACUACGACUUCAAGGCUGGAGCCCUUGUUCUGAUGCAACACACUCAGAUCGAGAAGUCCCUCAAUUGCAAAAUGCGCGCACAAUACACUGGGCCUUUGGUAGUAGUCUCGAGGAAGCGCGGUGGUGCCUAUGUACUGUGCGAACUCGAUGGCUCCGUCCUACAUCGCGCGGUCGGCGCCUUCCGGCUCAUCCCCUACUUAGCGCGUACGGAGAUACCGCUCCCAUCGAACUUCGCGGACAUUUUGGACGAGCGUUUAGCAGAACUAGUGGACUCCGAGGACGACGGCGAAGACGAACCGGAACCAGAGCUC